UAGCAACGUGUGGUCUCUAUACAUCCACCAAACUGUCUCCUGACUUUGUUUUCCCUUUUGGGAGACAAUGAGUGUUUGAUAAGGCAGUGUUGUGAUUCAGCAAAAGCAAUUGGGACAAAGUAGACUAGGGUAUAAAGGGGAAGAUUCAAGCGUGCACUAUUCAUGAUAACCAUGCCUAACAAAGCUCAGGAGGAUGCAGUGAUUAACCGGAAAUCAGUCCAAGAACUAGCCAAAGAACUGAGCUUUGAAUGGACCAUUGUGGCUUAUGAGCUUGGAUUCACCAGGGCAGAGAUCGGCCACUUUCAUGUAGCCUCUGUGCAGAAAAAGAUGCAAGCGCAGAAAAUGUUAGAGAACUGGUAUGAAAGAUCGUGGAAUAAAACGAACAAAACAAAGUUGCUUCAGGAUGCAUUAGAAAGGGCUGGUCGCACGGACUUAGCAGAUAAGCUACGCUGCCUUCACUGGGGUCAUCAAAAACUGAGCAGUCGUGUGGAGCUGCCCUCAGCCUUUCCAUUCCUUAUCACUGUGCACAAGACCAUCAACAACAGGGAGGGACUACGGAAGAUUAAUCAGCUCAGUCGAAAGUAAAUUUAGAGAUAAACGCAAAUGUUGUUGCACAUUAUAUGUAAAAUGGAGUAGGCAGGCUUAAGAUAUUGCUUACAAUUAUGUAUCUUUAGACCGCAGAUUUGAUGUGAUAGUCUGUUUCUUUGCCACUGCAUGAUAUAUUUUAAUUAUCUUUUCUCCUUGAAUGCUGGAAUCAUUUAAGAAAUAAUUCGACACUGUAAUUGGAAGAUGAGUGUAUGAGUGAUCUCUAAUAAUAAUAUAAUAAUAAUCCUUGCAUUUAAUAUAGCGCCUUAUCACAUCUUUGAGACGUCUCAAAACACUUCACAGAAUAUACGGUAAAAUUAAUUAAUUAGUCUGUAUAAUUUGUUGGCGAAAAGAUGAUCUGGAAGGAUCAGAUGAAAUGAGUCAUUUGUACCUCUUAUUAUCCUAGGUUUCUCUGUGUUGCACAACAUUUCUCCAAGGCUGCUAACUUGCGUCCUAGCCCUUGUCUGGAGCAGCCUUUAGAAAGUUGUGACUUUCUUGCUUUCCCUCUGGUUUCAGUUCCUUGCUUUCCCGCUGGUUUAGAGUGCCAAUCCUCUGUGUUAUUAGCACUCUGUAGCACAAUGCAUUGCAGUACUAAUGUACAACUCUAAUAAAGCCUUCAGAUCUUUUACUGUUA